UAAAUUUGUUCUUCAGAUAUACCGCGGCGCGGCUGUCGUCCUGUUCCCAUCAAUCCGGAUUGAGACUGCUUGGCCUCAGAUAUACCGCCACAUAUGCGAAUCCUACACACUUCCCCUUCCUCUUCCUCCUCUCCCUCUCGCCGCGACAGAUCGCUCACCUCGCCAAUGGCGGCCGCGCUGGCGAGCCGCGUGGAGUCGUGGGCUCGUGACCAGGCGGCGCGGCUCCCGCCCUGGGCGGCGCCGCGGUGGCCCUGGCCCCCGCCGCGGCCGCCCGCGUGGCCGUGGCCCGGGGACCGCCGGCGCCAGCGGGACCGCAUGUUCCGGGAGGAGUUCGAGCGCCGCCGACGCCAGCUCCGCGAGCUCUGCCGCGCCGUCCGCGUCGACACCGUCGCCGAGCUCCAGGAGCUGCUCUGCGCCAUGGUCCUUGCCGAGUGCGUCUACAAGAGGCCUGUUUCUGAGAUGAUGAGAUAUAUCAACAAGUUCAAAUCUGAUUUUGGCGGGAACAUUGUGUCUCUGGAGCGUGUUCAACCAUCCUUGGAUCACGUACCACAUCGGUAUCUGUUAGCGGAGGCUGGUGACACCCUGUUUGCUACAUUUAUUGGCACAAAGCAAUACAAAGAUGUUAUUGCUGAUGUGAAUAUACUCCAAGGGACCAUAUUUCAUGAGGAUGCUGCUCAGGAUUUGGCUUCUUCUGCUGACUCUGAAAAAAAUGAUUCUCAAAAGGGUGAAGAAAAGUUUGGGAAAUCUUAUCGAGAAACAUCAAAGAAGUUGAGAAAAUCAAAACCCGCAGCACACCGAGGUUUCUUGGCCCGUGCCAAGGGAAUUCCAGCACUGGAACUAUACAACCUUGCACAGAAAAAGAAUAGGAAACUUGUUCUUUGUGGACAUUCACUUGGUGGAGCGGUAGCUGCAUUGGCUGCACUUGCAAUCUUGAGAGUUCUUGCAUCAUCUCCAUCUAAAGAGCAUAACAGACUUCAGGUGAAGUGUAUCACGUUCUCUCAGCCACCUGUUGGGAAUGCUGCCUUGAGAGAUUAUGUUCACAAAAGAGGAUGGCAGGACUACUUCAAAUCCUACUGUAUCCCUGAAGACUUGGUGCCACGUCUUCUAUCUCCAGCAUACUUUCACCACUACAAUGCCCAAACACCAGAAGAAUCUUUUGUAAAUAGAACUGAUGCAAAAUCUGAAGAUAAUAUGGAGACAAGUUCUGAAAGGCCCAAAGGGAACAAUGGAGAGCAACUUGUUCUAGGUGUUGGUCCAGUUCAAAAGUCUAUGUGGAGACUUUCAAAACUCGUUCCCUUGGAAGGGGUGCGGAAAAGUUUAAGUGCACUCCAGAAACAAGCAAAUAUUUUUGGAAAGGCAUCAUCUCAAUUGGAUAGUUAUUUGCAAUCAAAGGUUGAUGAAUCUGAAGAAGAGCCACAAUCUCUUGAGAUUCAAGAAGGUUCGGAAGGAAUUGCUCUUACCGUUUUAUCUGUUAAAGAUGGAGAGCGCACUGAAGAAUACAAUAGGACUGAGAAAAUAAAUGCAUCUGAAGCUGGGGGUUCUAAGCGCUGGAGUAGAGUACCUUCUUUGCCUUCAUAUGUGCCAUUUGGUGAGCUUUAUCUUUUGGGAGAUGCGUCAGUCAAUACACUUUCAGAUUCUGAAUACUCCAAGAUGACAUCGGUGCAGUCUGUUAUAUCGGAGUUAAGGGAGCGUUUGCAAUCACACUCAAUGAAAUCCUAUAGGGCUCGGUUCCAAAAAAUAUAUGAUUUGUGCAUGAGUGCAAAUGCCCCCAUUUUUACCGGCAUUGAGCAAUUACCACAAUUUUCACAUCUACAAGAACUACUUGGUCUAACGGCCGCUGAUUCUGUUGAACUUGGUCAUAUCGUGGAGCGUCCUGUUAUUCGAACAGCCACUUCUAUUCUUCCUCUUGGAUGGAAUGGACUCCCUGGUGGUAAAAGUGCUGAGCCGCUAAAAGUUGAUAUAAUUGGGCAUGGCCUGCAUAUGUGCACUCUUUUCCAGGCUCAGAUAAAUGGAAACUGGUAUUCAACAGUUAUAGAAACUGUACCAUCAGGCACUUUGUACUCAUCAAAUCAAGAAGUGCAACCUACACUGCAAAAAAUGCGGAUUCUUGUUGGCCAUCCACUAAAGCAGCCUCCAAAUUACAUUAGUGAGGAUUUCAUGGUUCCUGUAAUCACAGGUGUUGAUUCAAGCCCAGAUUUUGGUUUUGAGUCAUUGUUUGAAGAUAAAGGUUGCUGCAAGGGUUUGAAUGGCUUUCUCAUAUAUGGGACAAGUGAUUUUGUAACCAUUUGUAAAGAGGUCUACGUUAGGACCCGGAGAGUGCGAUUGCUUGGACUAGAGGGGGCAGGUAAAACAUCCUUGCUCAAAGCAAUGUUAGGACAAGUUAAAGAAAGAAACAGUGCAGUUCUUGAAUGCAUACAUGUAGAUCUGCAUGGAAAGGGAAUAUCAAAUGGAUUGUGCUACUUAGAUUCGACAACAGUGAACUUGCAGGAACUACCUUCAGAGGUUAUGCGGUUCAAAGAAGAAUUGCAGUUAGGAAUACAUGAUGUCAGCAGGAAGACCGAUCUUGUUAUUGUUGUUCAUAACCUAGCACAUCGAAUUCCACAGUAUUACCAGUCCAACACUUCUCAGCCUCAGCCUGCUCUUUCACUUCUCUUGAAUGAAGCCAAGGCUCUUGGCAUUCCUUGGAUACUUGCAAUAACCAACAAAUUCUCUGUCAGUGCACAUGAGCAGAACACAUUGAUCAGUUCAGCUAUGGAAGCAUACCAAGCUUCUCCUGAGACGACGAGAGUUGUUAACUCUUCCCCGUUUCUAAUGCCAAGUGCCUCAAAUAGUUUGCAACCCGUUGGUACAACUACUGGAAAUUUGGCAAACAAGGAUCAUUCAGACAGAUCUGUUUAUCGUCCUGUAAACUUUGCACUCUCACCAUUUCAGAGGAAGGACAUUGUUAUGCAUGUGGAGGGCGUUACUGCCCUUCGUCAACUUGUACACCAAGUAGUCCUCGAUAAUGAAGAACCAGCAUUUGAGGAUCUUGCUCGCGAGAGAUUGUCGCUGGAUCUGGCGAGAGAGAAAGCGGCGUCUCUGCAAGAGAAGCAGAGGCCCCCCAAAAGAGAUAGCUCUGUUACAGCUGCUGCUGUAGGUGCGUCACUUGGCGCAGGCCUUGGGAUUGUAAUGGCUGUAAUAAUGGGAGCUGCAUCAGCCCUCAGAAAGCCGUGAUUGUUGGUUUUUUCUUUUGAUUUAUUAUUUAUUUUUUAAAAUUAGUAUAUAGUUUACUUUUGUUCCUGUGUUUGAAGCAUGCCUAGAAAAUGGCUUCAGUGUAGGCAAGAGUAGGUGGAUCAAGAUAGCAUGGUGCCACAAUUGGCUGUGUAUAGAAUAGGAGCCCUGCUCUGAUCCUGGGUGUGUUGUGCUAUUUGAGUAUGGCCCUUAGACAUGUUAUAUUUUCUGUUUCAAUUCCUUUCUUUAUCUUUACCA